AUGUCGAAGCCGAGUUCAAGGCGUGCGUCCCCCGCGCCAUCGGGGGCGUCUGGGGCCACAGGGGCCACAAAUUCGUCGCAUUUGCAGGCACCUCCAGCCGGAAUACGAACACCCUCACCAGGCGUGCCGAGUCUGCCGCCAGUCUUUGACGAUGGAGACAGUGUAACCUCGGACCACUCGGAGCACGAGCAUGGGCACCCUCAGGCUCUACCCGAGAUCCGUCGCGGGUCGUCGAAGAAGCACCACCACUCUGGCAUUCUCGCGCCGCUGGCCCGGCUAGCCUCCCAACAUAACACGCCCGCCGAUUCGGCACACACCACAGCGCACUCAACACCUGCGCACACGCCCCAGCCAAAUCCCGAGGAUGAUGCGGGACUCACGCGCCAGGCAUCGCGGAUGAGCCAGCGCUCGAACCGCACGUUCCUCGACCCCGCGGCGCUGAUCAACCUCCCCGAGCCAGGGGACGAGGUCCUCGACCGCCGGCGAGAGAGGUCCGGCACUGUCCUCUCAACACACACGUUACGCCGGGAAGAAUCGAACGCGACGACUAUCCAGUCGGUACCAGAGGGAGGAUGGGAGAAGACGGUCGACGUCGAGACGCCCGAGGGCAAGGAGGAAGUCGCGGUCAACAUCCAGCCAGACGGGCACGAGAUCGCCUACCCCGACGGCGGGCUUGCGGCGUGGUCAGUCCUGCUCGGCGGAGUGUGUGCAUCGUUUUGCGCCUUCGGACUCGCCGCGAGUGUCGGUGCCUUCCAGUCGUACUACCACCAGGACCUCCUCUCGAGCUAUUCCUCGAGUACGAUUGCGUGGAUCGGAUCGGCCCAGGCUGCCAUCUGCUUCUCGACGUGUCUCUUCACCGGCCCGCUGUUUGACCGAUUUGGCCCGAAACCUCUGUUGGCGACGGGAACGUUCCUCCUCGUGCUCAGCUUCUGCCUCCUCAGCUUGUGCAAGGAGUACUACCAGAUCUUCCUGUGCCACGCCACCCUGAUGGCAAUGGGCAUGGACCUCAUGUUCAUCGUGCCGAUGGGUGCGGUCGGGCAGUGGUUCUUCCUCAAGCGCGGUCUCGCCUUCGCCGGUGCGAUCAUUUGGCCCGCGAUCGUGGCCAACCUCCCGCAAAAGAUCGGGUUCGGGUGGACGAUGCGCGUCAUUGCGCUCCUGAUGGGUUUCCUCGGCGUGACCUCGACGAUCCUGAUCCGCACCCGUCUCCCGCCGCGCUCGCCAGGCCCUUUCUUCUGGUUCAAAGAGUUCCGCAACCCCGUGUAUCUCUUCGUGUGCCUCUCCUUCCCUUUCCUCGUCUUCAGCCUCUUCUCCUUCCUGACCUUCAUCGGCACCUACGGCACCGUGGCGGGCCUGGGUGACCUGGCCCCGUACCUGCUCAUGAUUGUGAAUGGCUCUUCCGGGUUCGGGCGCGUCUUUGGCGGUCUCGCGGCAGACAGGCUGGGCACGUACAACGUCGCCUUCACGGGAUGUGCGGUCAUGGUGAUCUUGCUCUUCUGCUGGCUCGCGAUGAAGAGCGCAGGCGCCGUCAUUGCACUCUGUGUCCUAUUCGGAUUCGCGUCUGGCGCCCCCGUGUCGCUCCAGGGACCCAUGGUGACGGCGGCAGGCAUCGACCCGCACCUCGCCGGCACGCUUAUUGGCCAGAGCCUGCUCGGACAGAGUAUUGCCCAGCUCACGGGUCCGCCCAUCUUUGGCGCCAUCAUCGGCACGGGCACGAAUGAGGAGAUGCUCGCCCGCUUCCCGGGCGCUAUUGGGUUUGGAGCCGGCUGUCUUGCCCUUGCAGACACAGCUAACCCCAGUCUCCACUCCGGGUGGCACGUCGACCAGGCGAUCCUCGUCGAGGAGGACCGCGUCGUGUGCAUCCGCUUCGGGCACGACCACGACCCAGAGUGCAUGGCGAUGGACGAGACGCUGUACGCCGUGUCGGAGAAGGUGCAGAACUUUGCCAUCACGUACCUCGUCGACAUCACCGAGGUGCCCGACUUUACGAAAAUGUACGAGCUCUACGACCCUUGCACGCUCAUGUUCUUCUACCGCAACAAGCACAUCAUGAUCGACCUCGGCACCGGUAACAACAACAAGAUCAACUGGGCCAUCACGGACAAGCAGGAAAUGAUCGAUAUCAUCGAGACGGUGUAUCGCGGCGCUUCCAAGGGUCGUGGUCUCGUCGUCGCGCCCAAGGACUACUCGACGAGACAUAAGUACUAA